CGAACAGAGGAGAGGUGGGAGGUCUUUAAAACGGCUGUAUGUCAGCUGCGACAGUUAGUCUCGGUUUGAACUCACCCUAGGAGGAGCACAUCAGGCAAUGCCUUUAAGAACAUCGACACAUGACGAAGUGUCAAGUUUAUUUUACAGAAAAUUAUUUUCUCCGGAGUGGAACUGAAUAUAUGAAAAGGAUCUCUUUGCUUCAAUGUGUGUGACAGAGGAGUCUGGUGUUUUCCAUUGUCAAACACGUACCAGAUGACCAUCCUCGUGUCAACCCUGAUUCAGAGCAAAGUUAAGGUAAAGUGUCUGUGUGUACUGAUCUUCCUGAGCUUCCCUCUGACUAUGGCUGAAGUCCCUGGUCCAUGCAGACACUCGAUUACGAGGGAACACCUGCUGACAGUCAGGCAUCUGAUGGAUAACCAGUUAAGAAGUGGAUGCACGAUAUCCUACACAUUCAUAGAACAGAGAAGUUUGAGUAAAUGUUGCUUUGUAAAAGCUGCUUUACCCUGGAUCUUUGAGCUCCUCACCACCCACUUCAAAUACAGUCGGGGUUCAGUCAACGAUGGCUAUGUUCAGUCCCUGAGAGCGCUCAUCCUCAACAUCUACUCUCAGAAAUGUGUGCCUCAGAUUAAUGAGGAGAUUGAGGAUAAGCCAGAGAGUUUUGAGAUGCUCUACAGAGGGUCUACUUCAGAGGCUCUGCAGAAGGCUGCAGAGGUGCUGUCUGUUUACUGGGAACUGGUGACAACGAGCGAUGCACCAGUAGACUGGAGAUGCCAGCAUGAAUACACAGAAAUGUUUGACUCUACCACAACGCUAUACACAGAGUCACCUACAGAAUAUUUUACAGAAAAUUAUGGUAGGAUCUCGGUGAAGGGCUCACCGAGAAGAGUAGACAAAGACCUGUACAAGCUUGGCUUCAUCAUCGUCUCUAUCUGCGGAGGACUGCUGUUCAUACUCACUCUCUAUUGUCUCAUCACCAAAAAGGUACCAGCGCUUCUGUUUUGAUUGAUUUCUAAAUUGUGCAUUUCCUGAUUUAAUAUACCAUGCAUUCUGAUCAUAUUGCUUUAAAGAGGCCUUGGCAGUCUGCCUGUGCUCUCUUGGCACUCCCUCUUGCAGAAGUACCAAUUCUCCCUCACAGAAAAUACUGAGCAUAACAACAAAAGGUGGAGACUGGACCAACUGGUGAUAGCAGAAGUCUUAUUUGCACAAAAGUGUGCAAAAACAAUUGAAUGCAUUCAUUUAUUGUUCUCUUAUUUUGGACAAUAUGGCACCAUUAGUUUUUAUUUCCUAUUGUUUUAUUUCAUCAGUGUUUUUAACGGGCUGAGGCUCAGAUUCUACGUGUACGUCUUCAUUAAGCAGGUACAUACUUUAGUAUUAAAAAAAUUCUAAAUCCUUUGACAAAAUGAAUACUAAAACACCCACAAUGGUUGUAUGUAUACCCUACCAAAAUCAGGAACACACAACAAAAGCUCAGCAACCAUUAAAUGAAACGGACAAGCUGCAGGUAAAUCCUGGUGGAAAAGCGAUCCCUGGAAAGCAAUAAUAUGUUUAUAAGCCUGUUUGUGGGUUAAACAUAAGAAAAAAGCAGAAACAUCUCUUUGUCAACGUGGCAUUCUUUAUAGAAGUGUCUAUAAAGUCUGGGGUAUUCUUCGUCAACGCUAAACAAGGUCCUAACCAACCAAAACAUCGUGAAAUCUUUGGGAAAUCUGGGAAUAAUCUUGUCUUUACCAUCUGAGCCGUCCCCUCGCUGGUAAAAAGCUAAGUAUAACAAAGUGGAGGCUUGACUCACUCUAGAUAUCAGAAUCACUCUUUCGUGCUCUUUCUCCUAUAUGCAACUAUUUGUCGUCGUCAGUUGAAUAUUUCACCAAUUUCAAUUCAGUAAAAGCCCUUAAACAGUACCAGCUAGAUUGAAGUGCUUGUGAAAAGUACAGUGUUUUUAUCGACAUUCCGGGAUUGGUUUUCUUUUGAAAUUGGCAAGAAGUAUUUGGUAAUGGUAAACAGAAUUGCUCUAUGUUUGUGUUCUUUUUACUUUGGAAAGUUAGAUGAGCUACAUUUGACUUCACAUCCUUCAUUUCCAUUUUAUUGAUCUUUGUGGUCGAGAAUUUGGACUCUACAUCUCAUCCAGGUAUAUAUUUAGUAAACAUUUGGCAACCAAGUGAAGUGCUUUGGGACUAACUCUGAUUCUUAGUCCAUAGAACUGAUAUUGCAGGAAUAUUGCUGAUACCUAAAAUGCAUGUGAUGAAUAUGUUGGUAUGUGGGACAUAACUUUAGUACCUGCUAUUCAAACUACAGUGUCCCUUUUAAACAUGUUGUAUACCUGUGGUGUUUAUUUUUAUU